CCUCGAUGGACACGACUGGCUACUACAAAAAGCCAGGCAAGCGGACCAGCAGGCAUCAGUCGAUUAUUCCAUUCGAGACAAUGAAGAUGCUUUUACGUACAGUUUGCGUCGUUGGACUAUGCGCCUUCGCUCUGGGAACCGGUCAACCGGAAAAAAACAAAUCCGAUGACGGCAACAACCAGAAAAAGAGAGGAAUCGUUGACACAAGCGGUGACUUCGGGUCGGAUUUCGGUCACGAGGUAAGCGGUAACGAUUUCUACCACGGGCACGAGCAAAAAGUUCUCUCCAAGACGAUCAUCAAGGAAGUGGCUCAGCCGUACCCGGUAAAAGUGGAGAAGCACGUCCCGUAUCCUGUCAAAGUUACCGUGCCCGUGGACCGCCCGUACCCGGUGCACAUACCCAAGCCGUACCCGGUGCAUGUAGAAAAACCCGUCCCUUACGAAGUCAAAGUCAAGGUCCCGCAACCGUACACCGUGUACAAGCAAGUGCCGUACGAAGUCAAGGUGCCGGUCGACAAACCGUACACCGUCCACGUGCCCAAACCGUACACCGUCUACGUGGAGAAACGCGUCCCCUACGAAGUCACCAAGCACGUGCCUUACACCGUCAAGGUGCCCGUCGACAAGCCGUACACCGUUCACGUACCGGUAGAGAAACACGUCCCGUACCCGGUUGAGAAGCGAGUGCCUUACCCGGUCAAAGUACCGGUCGACCGCCCGUACCCGGUAACCGUCGAGAAGCACGUCCCGUACCCGGUUGACAAACCGGUACCGUACCACGUUGAGAAACCAGUGCCGUACCUGGUCAAAGUUCCUGUUAAAGUCGAAGUGCCGGUGCCAGUUCCACACGAAGAAGAGCAUCAUCACGAGAAAUACGAACAUGGUAGUUAUUGAUUUGAAAAUUUUCUGUGUUAUAAUCUAACAAAUAAGUACUACAAUGAUUUUACUAAAAUCAAAUGUUACCCUAUUUUUGUUGAAUUGUAUACGUGUAAAAAUCUAUAUUUACUAAAAUAUUGUUACCAAAACUAAAUGUUCCCUAUUAUUGUUGAAUUUUAUACAUGUGAAUAAAUAAUCUAAUAAAGAUUUCCUUUAUAAUUU